CUGUACUAAGCUUUCGUCUUUCGCUUAUCGCUUGUUGACAGUAGUCUGAAACAGUGGAUGAGACGACACGUUUUUGUCCAGUGAACCAACUUUGGAAAGUCUCCAUCACUCAGAUACAAACAUAAGAAGAAAGCAGCUACCAUUUACUGUAACACCAAGAUGGAUGUAAAAGAGGAAGUGUUUGAGGCUGACAUAAAUACUGCGGCGAUAAUGGCGGUGAGCAUUAAGGAGGAGGACAAUGGUGAAUGGGAGCCUGUACAUCAUGUACAGAAGAGUCUGCCCAUUAAGAAUGAAGAUUAUGAAUUGGUGACUGUGGGCACUAAAGAAGAGGCUGAGGAUGCAUAUGACACAAGGAGGACUGUUAGAAUGCUGAAAGAUAAGGCACUACCUUCAAGUCAGUCUGGAGAAAGAGUCAAACGUCACUGUUGUUCUAAAUGUGGAAAACGAUUCUCUCAUUUAAAUGAUCUUCGAAGUCACACAAGAAUUCACACUGGAGAGAAGCCGUACUGCUGUUCGGAAUGUGGUAAACGAUUCUCACAAAUCUCCCAUCUUCAGACACACAAAAGAAUUCACACCGGAGAAAAGCCAUAUCGCUGUUUUGAGUGUGGCAAACAAUUUUCACAAAUCUCCCAUCUUCAAACCCACACUAGAAUUCACACUGGGGAGAAGCCGUAUUGCUGUUCACAAUGUGGCAAAAGAUUCUCACAAAUCAUCAAUCUUCAGAACCACACAAGAACUCAUAAUGGGGAGAAGCUGUAUUGUUGUUCUGAAUGUGGAAAACAAUUUUCACUAUUAAGUGACCUUCAGAGUCACACAAGAGUUCAUACUGGUGAAAAGCCAUAUUUCUGUAGUGAAUGUGGCAGACAGUUCAAACAUAUGAUCAGUCUUCAGACCCACAUACAAGUUCACACUGAAAAGAAGCAAUAUUCCUGUUCUGAAUGUGACAAGCAAUUCCGUUACAGACGCAGUCUUCUAUCCCACUCAAGAAGUCAUGUGGGAAAGAAUCCUAAAUCUUGUUCGGAAUGUGGAAAACAAUUCUCCAGCAACAGCCAUCUUCAGACACACAAAAGAAUUCACACCGGAGAGAAGCCAUAUUGCUGUUCAGAAUGUGGGAAAAGAUUCUCACGAAUGGCCAAUCUUAAGACCCACAUAAGAAUUCACACUGGAGAAAAGCCAUAUUCGUGUUCUGAAUGUGGAAGACAAUUCUCUGACAACAGCCAUUUUCACAAACACAUAAAAAAUUCACACUGAAGAGAAGCUGUAUUGCUAUUUGAAAUGUUUUCAAGUGAGCCUCACAAGUGUUAAAGAGUGUUAAGACCCACCCAAGGAUUCACACUGGAGAGCAUUGCUGUACAAAAAGUGGCAAAUUAUUUGCACAGUUGUCUUAAAAUUCAAACUAGGGAAAAGCGCUAUUGCUGAAUUGAAUAUGGUAAACAAUUCUAACAUAUGGUCAGCCUUGAGACCCAGACUCAAACUGAAGAGUAGUUCAAUUUCUCUUCUAGAUGUGUCAAACAUUUCCUUUACAGGCAUAGUCUCCCCAUUCUAGCACUGCUGUUCUGCAUGUCGUAAACGGUUGUCAAAAAUGGUCAUGUUUGAGAACCACAUAAAAAUUCACAUGUGAGCAAAGCCAUAUUCUUGUUCUAAAUGUGGCAUAUAAUUCUGUGACAGAAGAAUUCUUCAAAAUUCACUUGAGACAGAAGUCAUACUGCAGUUCUAAAUGUGGCAAACAGUUUUUUACAGGAGCAGUCUUUUGAUGCACUCAAGAAUUCACACUGUAGGGAAGCUGUAUUUCUGUAAUGAAUGUGGAAAAGGAUUCCAUCUUCAAACCCACAAAAGAAUUCACUCUGGAAUAACAACAAUAACAAUGCAUAGAUCACUUCCAAAAAAACUUUAAGACUCAAGAGUGAGGUUUACUCUUGUCCUGAAAGAAAGCACACUAAAUCAUUGAGAAAAUAAAACCAAGAGAAGCCAUAUUGCUGUUUAGAAUGUGGUAAACUAUCCUCUGACCGGAGUAAUCAAAGCCACACUAGAUUUCACUAUCAAAAAAUUUUCUGAAAUAGUAAGUUGGAAUAUGAUGAGGAAAUGAAGGAGUAAAGGAAGCCAAAUGAACCAUGUUUAACGCCAAGUGUUGAUGAGUACCUUUAUAAGGUGGGCUUUAUAAUAUAAAAUCAAUACCAAAUCUCAUAAAGGUGAAACUGCUUUGUGUUUCCUAAUUAUACUGGCUGCACAUCUACCAGUAUGCAACCUGGAAUGGUUUCUUUUGGUAAUAAUUAUAUGUUGCUCUUUUCCUUUUUUUGUUUUUGUAGUUCGGAAAUUUUAUGUUUGAAAAUUUUCUGUUAGUGAAUCUUUAAAUUUUGACCUCUGAGCUUAGUUUAAUCCAAUUAAGCAACAUUUUUAUAAGUCAAAGGUUUUAUUUGUGGGACACAGGUUUUAUAGUUCCACUGUACCCUUUUGGUGAAUUUUAGGCCUCUGGCUUUUUCAUUUUUUGUGAGUUUUGAAUCACAAUAUGGUUCUGAUUAUUAAAGUAAAGCACUCAAAGCCUGGAUAGCUAGAAGAACCAUUUCUAGUCACUUCUUUGCUCGUUGAGAGAGUUUGGUAGCAUGCACUGAUAGUGUUUUGCUGCACCCACCACAUAAUGAACCACCUGGAUUAUGACCCGAGUGCAGUG